GCGGCUCCUCUCCGCCCCGGAGGAGGCGCCUUUUUCCCCUGCCCGGCCGCUGCUGGUCCCCGGCUGCGCCGUCCGGCCCUGGCUCGGCGGCUGGGCGAGGGGAGGACCAUGAGCGCCUUGCGGGACGUCUCGCUGCAGGACCCGCGGCUGCGCUACGAGCUCAUCCAGCGCAUCGGCUCCGGCACCUACGGCGACGUUUACAAGGGGCGAGAUACCGAAACUGGAGAACUGGCAGCCAUCAAAAUUGUGAAAAUUGACCCAGGGGAUGACAUCGGAUCGAUUCAGCAAGAAAUUACCACCCUCAGGGAUUGUCGCCAUCACAACGUUGUGAUGUAUUUUGGAAGCUACCUCAGGAAUGAUCGACUGUGGAUUUGCAUGGAAUAUUGUGGAGGGGGGUCCUUGCAGGAGAUCUAUCACAGUACUGGGCCUCUAUCUGAAAAACAGAUUGCCUAUGUCUGCAGAGAAACCCUCCAGGGGCUUCACCACUUGCACACCAAAGGGAAAAUGCACAGAGACAUUAAGGGGGCCAAUAUCCUGCUGACGACCAACGGCGACGUCAAACUGGCGGACUUUGGGGUCUCGGCAGAAUUAACCGCUUCGGUGGCCAAGCGAAAAUCGUUCAUCGGAACGCCCUAUUGGAUGGCACCAGAGGUGGCCGCGGUGGAGAAGAAAGGCGGCUACAACCAGCUGUGCGACAUCUGGGCCCUGGGCAUCACCGCUAUUGAACUGGCAGAGCUGCAGCCCCCACUCUUCGACCUGCACCCCAUGAGAGCUCUGAUGUUGAUGUCGAAGAGCAACUUCCAGCCCCCCAAGCUAAAAGAUAAGGCGUGCUGGUCUCCCGAUUUUCACCACUUCCUCAAACUCUCCUUGACCAAAAAUCCCAGAAAACGACCAGUGGCAGAAAAACUCUUGCAGCAUCCUUUCGUCUCCCAGCCUUUAGCUCGUGUUCUUGUCAUUGAAUUACUGGAUAAAGCCACAAACCCUGAAUUGGCUGCUACUGCCUUGGACGAUGGGGAUUUCGAGGCUUACGACGUUUUCCCUGAUAAAAUCUGCUCGAGUAAGCCACAUGGGCCGGCAGAAGGCACCCUGUCGGAGAUCCAGCUUAACCAGGUUAAAUUCGGCCCUCCGCUAAGGAAAGAAACGGAGCCGUGGGGCAACUCAACGGAAGAAGAGGAAGAGAAUUGGAUGGUGCUUGGAGAUGGAGAGAGCCUCCUUCAGUCCGUAGAAGAAGCCCUGGAAGAGAGGAGUCUAACCAUCCGCCCAGCACGUCCUACAGAGCAGACUCAGGAAGAGCAGCAGACGGGCGGACUUGGGGAAGAUGUUUCCAGCACGAUCAAAAGGGGGCCCUUUUGGGAUUUUCUUAACCUGGAGCUCGCAUACAAGGCUCCUUGGGAGCAGGACGGGGAGCGCUCGGAUCUGGAGGGGCCCAGGGACCACACCGUCCCAGGCAACACGGCCUUCGGUGAGACAUCAGAUGCUCCUGUGAUGGAUUCUCCAAAACCUGCAGACUGCCUCCUUUCCACUGAAUGGGCCACCAUGAAGAAGAAGGAGGAAGCCACCAGGUUGCUGUGCCACGGAUUGCCCCCUACACCCAAAGUUCAUAUGGGAGCUUGUUUUUCCAAAGUUUUCAAUGGCUGCCCACUGAAGAUUAACUCCGCUACAACGUGGAUCCACCCAGAAACACGAGAUCUAUAUCUGGUCGUGGGAGCAGAGGAAGGUAUAUACACCUUGAAUCUUCAUGAGCUCCACGAAGACACAAUGGAGAAGCUGCAAUGA